AUGACCGCCCACAUACUAAUGCGUCCGCCAAUAGUACGCAUCAGCAAUGGCACGUUUUACCGGCACCACCCUUCGGCGCAGCUAGCACACCCCAACCCGCCUUUCUUCUCAGACCUUACCUUUGAGCUCCCGUCAGACACCAAGUCCAGAGACCGCUGGUGUGUGGUUGGCCCGUCCCUCUCAGGAAAGACGACCUUUCUUCAGGUCUUGAGGGGCCAGCACCUCUGCAUCCCUCCUACAGCACGAACCUACCCUUACCUGGCUACAGACGACGUCCCCCACCGUCUCAAGGCCGCAAACAAGGCAAUCCAAUAUGUGGGCUUCGACGCAGAGCGCUCUGGCGGCGGACUGGGCCCGGCAACAUCUGCAUACCUGUCCGCAAGAUAUGAGUCCCGGCGCGAGAGCACCGACUUCUCCCUCAGAGACUUCCUCCUCGGCAACACGCAGCUGAACCCCUUCCACCUUCCCGGCGAGGACGACGGCAUCAGCGCGGGCCUCAUGGACCGUGUCGUGACAGACCUGCGGCUGCGGCCCCUUCUCGACCUGCCAGUGGCGUUUCUCUCCAACGGACAGGGCCGGAGGGCUCGCAUCGCGCGCGCAUUGCUGACGAGCCCCGAGGUGCUUCUUCUGGAUGAGCCCUUUAUGGGCCUCGACCCGCCUACCGUGGCUUCGAUCAGUCCGCUACUGAAGGGCAUGGCUGAGAAGGCAGCGCCGAGGCUGGUGCUCAGCGCCAGGCCACAGGAUCCCCUACCGGAGUGGGUCACGCAUCUGGUGUAUCUGCGGAAUGAUUGCCAGGUGGGAGCAAUGGGAGAGAGGGAGGUCGUUAUGGAGGGGUUGAGGAAGUACCUGACGGGUGUCAGGAAGGGCGCGCUGGCGGAAGAUGAGGCGAUGCCCGUGAGAGCAUUCAGAGAGAUGGGGAGGGUAUUGACAGAGGGCGGGAUCAGAGGGGCCGGCUUAGGCGAGGAAGGAGAGACAUUUGCUGGCGCGACUGUGCCUAGGCCAGAGCACGAGCUGAGGCCCAAGUCGCUGGGAGAGCCUAUGGUUGAGAUGGAGGGUUGUCAGGUGCGAUAUGGCAACAAGGUCGCACUGGGCAACUGGACGGAAGAGAAGGGCGGACAGCCUGUCAAGGGACUGUCGUGGACAGUGAGGAGAGGAGAGCGGUGGGGUGUCUUCGGGCCCAACGGCUCUGGGAAGACGACCAUCGUAUCGCUUCUCUGCUCAGACCACCCUCAAACAUACUCUCUACCGAUCAAGCUAUUUGGCCGCAGUCGACUGCCGGAGCCCGGUUCUGGACAGCUGCCGCUCACCUUCUGGGACAUCCAGUCCCGGAUAGGGCACUCCAGCCCAGAGGUACACCAGCACAUGCCCCGAAGCCUGACCAUCCGGCAGGUCAUCGAGAAUGCCUGGGCCGACACGUUCUUGCUGAAACCAAAAUUGAGUGACGAGGCCCGCGCCAAGGUUGACGCGUGUCUGCACUGGUUCGAACCAGAGCUGAACCCCUCUCACAACAGGGAGGUGCCAUCUGGUCUGUCUUGGGCGAGCAGCUACAUCUUUGGCGAGCUUUCCUUCAGCGCACAGCGGGUUCUGCUCUUCAUUCGGUCUAUGAUCAAGAACCCGGACGUCGUCGUUCUAGACGAGGCCUUCAGCGGCAUGGACGAGGCCGUCAGGGACAAGUGCAUGCUUUUCCUCGCUGAGGGCGAGGCUAAAACAUAUGCAACGAGCACGGGAGAGGUCACCAGCGGCGGAGGCUCCAACACCACGACGGAAACUGUGGUUGUUGAUAGCGAGCAGGCCAGGGCUGGCAACGUCAAGGUGACUGGUUUAUCAGACCAGCAGGCCCUGAUUUGCAUCAGCCAUAUCAAAGAGGAAGUGCCUGACGCCGUGCGAGAGUGGUUGUGUCUGCCUGAGGCGAACUCUGAGAUGCCUGCACGAUUCGGUCGCCUUGAUGGUCCGUUGAGGACGGACUCUAGAAGGUGGCACGAGAUUUGGGCUAUCUGA